ACAUCUGACGUUCAAUCUCAUCUGUAUCUACUAAGUAACACCUUAUCAAAUCUUCUGUUAAAUACUUUAACCCUUGACAAUUAACAUGGACUCAACAACUGCCCACCAACCAGUCAAGCCUCAAAAGAUUCAGGAACUAUUCCCUGAUGUUAUUAUAUCGGAAAUCACCACGGCACCUGAACAUGCCCGUUACAACUAUGACGGCUUCAAACCAGAUCGUCGAGUUCUCGAAGUAGGUCAUGUCCGCUACCCCGGUCGCAGGCCGUUCGGUGUACAAACCAUAUAUGAGCGAGAUCAAGCCAUCACGGUUCGCGAUGGUGCCCGUCUAUACGCAGAUGUAUUCCGCCCUGACACAUCAGAUACACAGCCCGUUCCGUGUAUCCUUCCUUGGAGUCCGUACGGUAAAACUGGAACUGGACCUCAGAACUACGACUUCAUGGCACCUUAUCGAGCAGGUAUCGCUCUCGACCGCACAUCAGGCUAUGAAAAGUUCGAGGCUCCGGAUCCCGCUGAGUGGGCUGAGCGCGGCUACGGUGUUUUGAACAUCGAUGCUCGUGGUGCUGGGCAUAGCGAAGGAGUCAUUGCACGCUGGGGCAUUCAAGAAGCAGAGGACAUUUACGAUGUCAUCGAUUGGCUGUCUAAACAAUCUUGGUGUAAUGGCUCUGUCGUCAUGGCAGGUAACUCAUGGCUGGCCAUAUCACAGAUCAACUUUGCUUCGAGAAUGCACCACCCUGCGUUAAGAGCCAUCGCUCCUUGGGAAGGUUAUACAGAUCUUUAUCGUCACUAUGUUGCCAGAGGGGGGCGUCCGCAUAUCCCUGGCUUUCACCGGAUGAUCUCAAACGGUUUUGCGGGGCCUGAAGGGGCUGAGAAUGUGGUUGCCAUGCUUGAGAAACGCCCGAUGUACGAUGACUACUGGGAGGCUAAGAGGAUUCCUGUUGAGAACAUCGAUAAUAUUCCUAUGUACGUUGUUGCUUCGUAUUCGAGCAUGCUGCACACCUAUGGCUCUUUCCAGACUUUUCGUCAAGCGAAGACGGAAAAGAAGUGGCUUCGAGUCCAUCCAUUUCAAGAGUGGUACGACAUGUUUCGACCGUCCGUCUCGGAUGAACUUCAACAGUUUUUCGACUUCUAUUGCAAGCCAGGCACUAUCACAAACUCCAACUGGGAGGCUUCAACGCCUAGGGUCCGCCUUUCACUUCUAGGCUUUGACGCAGAUGGGAGUUCUGCCGCGACGAUUGUCGAAAGGCCUGAGCAGAGUUAUCCACUUGCACGACAAAGGCUCCGAACUCUAUACCUUGACGGGACAACAGGAAAGCUGGUGGAGUCAAUGCCAGAUCAGGAAUUCAUAAAAUCUUAUGAAGGAAGGAGCUUAAGUGAUGAAUUGACUUUUACAACCAUAUUUGACGUCGCAACUGGGCUGGCAGGUUACCCCAAGGCAGUGUUACACAUGUCGUGCCUUGACCAUGAUGACUUUGACGUCGUUGUGCAGAUCCGCAAGAUCGACAAAAAAGGCCGGCAGCUCUCACAUCUCAACUAUCCUUGUCCUGUUCCUAUUGACCAGGUACCCGAUGUGAACACAGCCAAGACUUUGGGUCCGCAGGGUUUCCUUCGAGCCUCACACCACGUCUCUCUUGACGGAGAUGGUGGUCCUAUAGCUUCCAAUGAUCUGUCAUGCGAGACAGAUGUUUUGUACAGCCACCGCGUUCGGCAGCCCAUUACUCCUGGUACAGUUGUCCGUCUCGAGAUUCCAAUCUGGCCGAUUGGGAUGGUGUUUGCUGCUGGAGAGGGUAUAGCGCUGAAUGUUUCUAGACAUGAUAUGUGCCUGCCAGAAACAGAAUCUUGUCGCUUGAUAGAACCAGAGGAUGAGAAUGUCGGACGGCACUAUCUUCAUACAGGAGGGCAGCACGAUAGCCAUCUGAUUGUUCCUCUUAUCAUGGGAUAGUGCAGUCAACUUCAGUUAUACAGGGGCCGAUACCUCUUGAUCUUGUCAACUGGACGUGAUUGGGGUAGAAGGCGUAUGCAAGACUCAAUCCUAAAUUCAACAGUUCAUAAUUUUCACAUUUCUUCCUCACAUCCAAGGCAAGCCUCAGAAAGCAACGAAAAAAGAAGCCUGUCAGACGUCCAUCAAUGCCCGCCCCAAAAACGCGCCCGAAGGCAGACCGCUCUCAGGGCCGAGAUCAUCAAGAGUAACAUCUCUCUAUACAGCAGCCACUCAAAGAGCAACUACCGCCAUCCUUGCGGACAGAUCGAGAGGACCAAAAAAGGGUAUUCACUCUAGGGCAUCGAGGAUAUUCAUUCAUCAACCAGGGUGGGAUCUGUGGC